AUGAUAUUUGGUAAAGCAACGGGGGUCGUUACGAACACAAGGGUGACACACGCAACCCCGGCCGCGGCCUACGCCCAUUCGGCAUCCAGGUACUGGGAGGACGAUUCCAAGAUUCCUCCUCUAUCCAGAAGAUCCUGCAAGGACAUCGCACGGCAGCUGGUAGAAGAUGAACCAGGCAGAAACAUAAAUGUGAGUUAUUUGAUACUUUAUUAUAUUUUUCAUUGUUGUAUAUCUUAUUCAUUCUUAACUUUCUCAUUUUAUUUUAUUGUUUGUAUGUAUAUACUGAUUCUUUUUUAA